CCUUCUUUCCUCACCGUCCUUAUAAUAAAAUCGACGGUUUUAAUUUCUACAAAAGCGUGCUAAGACCCCCCCAUCAUUAUAUGAAGCUUCUAGCAUCCGCAAUCUGAAAGAAGGAUUUUUUUAAAUUUUGUUAUGGAGAUAAUCUCACAGAACUUCCUGCCUCACUGCUCUCUUGUGACUUGGAGUAGUAACAGACUAGUCCCAAAUCGAUCGAACAUCUUAUUAUCUAGCUCUGGUAUCAAGAAAUCAAGAUCUGUGAUUCGGAACGGAACUUCUGAUGGUUACGUGGUUGGUGAGAAUGAGGACUUGGGGAGUUUAGCCAGACGAGGAGACUCAAAAUCAAAGCUUUUGAUUCCUGGUCUGCCUGACCAAUCCAACGGCGAAGCCUCUGCUGCUCGAAUCACUCCUUCUCAGUGCGAGUGGAAGCCUAACCUCACUGUACACUACGAGAAAUCUGGAUGUGAAAACGUGGAGGCUCCCGCGGUGUUGUUUCUUCCUGGGUUUGGUGUUGGUUCGUUUCACUACGAGAAGCAGCUUACGGAUUUGGGAAGGGAUUAUCGAGUGUGGGCGGUUGAUUUUGUUGGUCAGGGUUUGUCUCUCCCCACUCAAGAUCCUACUACCACUACUAUGUCUGAAGAAACAAGUUCCUUGGAAGAUAGUGAAUCGUUUUGGGGGUUUGGUAAUGAAGCUCAACCAUGGGCUGAUCAACUUGUAUACUCUCUUGAUCUCUGGAGGGAACAAGUUCAAUAUAUUGUAGAAGAGGUUAUCGGUGAGCCAGUGUACAUUGCAGGGAACUCGCUUGGAGGCUAUGUAGCUCUCUACUUUGCGGCAACCCAUCCUCAUCUGGUGAAAGGUGUUACGUUGCUUAACGCGACACCUUUCUGGGGUUUCUUCCCUAAUCCAGUAAGAUCCCCACGGCUAGCACGUCUCUUUCCAUGGUCUGGGACAUUCCCUCUACCGGCAAGAGUUAAAAAACUCACAGAGUUGGUGUGGCAAAAGAUAAGUGAUCCUGAAAGCAUAGCUGAGAUACUUAAACAGGUGUACAAAGACCAUUCCACUGAUGUGGAUAAAGUAUUCUCACGUAUUGUGGAGAUCACGCAGCACCCGGCUGCUGCAGCGUCCUUUGCGUCGAUUAUGUUUGCUCCUGGUGGAGAGCUGUCUUUCUCCGAAGCUUUAUCUAGGUGUAAGGAGAACAAUGUUCAGAUAUGUCUAAUGUAUGGAAGAGAAGAUCCAUGGGUGGGACCUAUAUGGGGAAAGAAGAUAAAGAAGGAAUUGCCCAACGCUCCUUACUACGAGAUCAGCCCAGCGGGUCAUUGCCCACACGAUGAAGUCCCUGAGGUGGUGAACUAUCUGAUGCGCGGGUGGAUCAAGCACCUGGAGUCUGGUGGGUUUGAAGCGCUGCCGCUUUUGGAAGACGGUGAAGAAGACUGGGAGCAGUCCAGCAUUGCUAGGGAGAUGGAGUUUCCGAGAGGAGAAGGUUGGAAGAAGUCAGUGAAGCUUUGGUUGUACGGAUCAAAGUAUUCGUUCUGGGGUGGAGUUGGAGAAUCCUUCAGAGCCAGUUUAGUAAAGGUUCUCCGAGGGAAGUCUGUAUAGAAAGUAGCAAGCAGAACAUGUUGUCCUUGUCUAAUGUAGAUAGUUGUAAUCAGUGGUGCUACAAUGUUGUCUGAUGGAAUCAAAUUUCUAAAUGGUCAAAAAGAAAACGUUGAAGAAAAAAAAAACAAUUGUGUAUAGAUGAUUUUCCUACUUAUAUCAUAUGAUCUGCGCCAGUUAGAAUUGUG